AUGGUCUCAGACGAAUCGAACGAGUCAUACUUCACGGAUGAUGAAGCGACAAUGAAUAUGUCCUUCCAGACCGCGAUGAAAGAAGCUGACCGUGCUGAAGGGAUGACACCGUUUAAGGACAUACCCGAGCACCUUAUUGAAAGGACACAAACUGGAAAGGUCAUCAAUGUUAGACCGCCAUCACCGAACAGCCCCACGUCAACUCUCAAGAGACGCGUGAAGGAGUUGGAAGAAGAACUCGAAGCCAAGGAAGGCCUAGUGACGAAGAAGAAACAGGAAUAUCAAAAUCGGAUAGGAUCUCUGGAUGCUCGUAUUUAUGAGCUGGAACAACAACAGGUGGAUUUGGAAAGUGCAGCGGACGAAUGGAAGAUCAAAUACGAGCGUCAAAAAGAACUCGCUGAAGAGUACUUGAAAAUGGUGGAUGACAGAGAAAUGGAAGGUCAUCUUGCAGUCAGUGACCUCAACGAGAGCAUGUCAGAGGAAUCAGCCGAAAGGUCACGGCACUUAGCGGAAUUGAAGGACGAAUGUGACUCACUUAAACUUAAGGUCACCGAAGCGGAAGCCAAGCGAGACGAAUACGCGGCCAAACUCGUCGACGUGACCCAACGAUUGCUGACAAACACCAACGAAGUGUUUAAGUUGAGAAAUGAAUUGAAGUUACGGGACGAGAACAUUGGAACCCUUCAGAAAGAAUCACAAGAUCAUCAGAAGAGAGCCGAUGACGCUGUCAAAGUGGCUAAGGACCUGAGGGAGCUCACAGCCACUGAAGGUGUGAGGCUGAAGAAUGAAAUUAAGCAGGUGAUGGAAGAGAACAAGUCGUUGAAAGAAGAUGUUCGAAAGGUCACCGAAGAGAAUACCGAGUUGAAAAAGACUGCUAAGACAAUUGCCGAGCAAGGCAUGAAGUGGGAACAUGAGACACACCUUUUGGACGAAAAGGUCACAGUGCUCGAGUUUUGA